AGCGUCUAUGCCGAUGCCGUAUGGAAUCCGUCCUCAGACUCCGUACCAGGAAACACAUGACAGAUUUACAUGGAAAUGGAUACACUUGGAGAAUCCUAAAACAGUUAUGUCGUCUAUGGAGAUAACGUUACCGUUAGAUUCAAAAGAUAGCCAACAUCUACCUCUAAUGCUUCAAGCAGUCAAAGAUGGCGCCAAGGAUCUGAUUAAGCAACUGAUAGCGAAUGAUACGGAAAGUGUCAAUACAGACGAUUCGUUAGGCCGGACGGCAGUAAUGUAUGCUGUACAUUUCAAACAAAUGGAAUGUCUGAAAUUUCUACUUUCGAAAAAAGCUGACGUGAAUAGAACAGCAAAUGAUGGCUCCACAGCGGUACACCGAGCAAUAAUUGACAACACCAUUCCAGCUGUAGAACUCCUCAUACAGUACAAUGCAGAUGUAACGAUCCAGGAUUCUCAGGGACGGGCACCUGUACACUGGGCCACCACUGCUGAGGAUGUAGAUUGUCUGGAGAUUCUUUUGAAAUGUAAUGUCAAUGUUAAUGUUCGUGACAUUGACGGUUUGACACCUUCUAUGUGGGCAUGUCAUAUGGACCAUAAAGUGCAUUUUGAACUCAUCAAUUCAGCAAGUAUCCAAGUAAUUGAGGAAGCAGACGGUAUAGAGAGAGAUUACAACGGUAAAACAUGGGUACACUGGGCUGUAAGAAGAACUGAACCUUUAACGUGUCUCAGGAGUUUAUUAAAUCCAGAGACAGCUACAAUUAAAGACCAUGACGGUAAAAAUGUCAUUCAUACGGCGGCAGACAUCGGUUCACUGGACGCAUGUAAGCUGAUUAUUGAAGUCGCUGGAAAACAAUGUUUAGAACUCAAAGAUGACGAAGAAAGGACGUGUCUACACAUAGCAACUGUUGGUGGGCAUGGAGAAUUAGUAAACUUUCUAAUGGAACAUGGAGCUAAUCAGUUUGAGAGGGAUUGUCAUAAUGCAUUACCCAUGGACUAUGCCCAAGCCAGACGGUUACACUACUGUGCCUUGGUCUUUGCUGCUUACCAACGACAACAUGAGAGAAAAAUGAAGCGUUCUAUGGCCAUGGAUGAUGAAAUGGAACAGGAACGAACUCCCUUGCCGUCCUAUUCGGGUAGUUCCCCAUCACCCCCACCAGGUCUCCCGAGACCACCAAGUGGGAGACGUGAUGAGAAGAGAAGAAGCAGUGGUGGUGCUUUACAGAGUCAGGCUAAAAGGGGUCCAAGUGCACAGAAAGUGAAAUACAGUGAUGAAGAGGAAAAUGAAGAGGGAAACGAAGUCCACCAACAGAAAGAUUACGAAGCAGACGAAGAGGAUGAAACACAUGUUGUACAAAAUAGGAUGCGAAGUGAUGAACCAAUGGUGAACAAUACACCUAACCACCAUGAGGAAUAUAACCAUGACGCUGAGAUGGAGGAAGAGGAAAGUCCUAGAAAUGACAAUGUAUUUGACGUACACCGGACAGAAAUUGUGCAGUCCCUCGAUGGUAUGGAUAUUGAAGACUUGACACCAUCGCAUGAAAACCCUGAUAUCAAUGUUAUUGAUCAUGAAGGUGACGUGGUUGAUGUCCCGGAAGAGACCGUAGAUGUAGAUCAAGAGCGAGUGAAUAGUUUUGGUAGUGAAGUGAGUGACAAGAGUCUUAGCGUUGGUAUGAGUGUAUCUGAUAUCGAAGGAGACGGUAGAGAGGAAGAAAAAGACCAAAGGCAACAUGAACCGAUUCCACUACAGCCUCAAGGUCAAAGGUCACCCCCAUUUCAACAGAAGAUGACUCCUCGUCCUCCAGGGCCCCAAAGAAUUUUUAUCCCAAGACCCCCUGCUCCGGUUCCAGGUUCCAGUCCUAAUCCUGUUAACAUAGUGACACCAGCUCCUCCACCGCCUGUCCCACAUUAUUCCCAGAAUCCACCACAACAUUCACCUUCACAUCAGGAGUAUCAGUAUUACGACAAUCAACAGCAGCCACAGACUCAGGAAACGACGGAAAGACCACUUCAAAGCGGAACUUUCUCAGGGCAGCACAUGCCACCUCAUGGUCACGGGGAAAUGCAACCCUCGCCGUUACAACACAGCAUUCCAAGACAGCUGGCGCCAUUACAACAACUCCCUGUAAAAAAGAAGAAAAAGAAAAAGAAGCAUCAUAGUUCUAGCAGCAUUGGUAGUAGCGGCGACGGGCCACUCACAGCUAGAGGUGCUCCAACCGCUCCAUUAGAACCAGUGCAAGGACAUGGUAUUGGACCCCCUAGUCAGCAACCAAAUGGGCCUGUAUCACCCCGAUCACAUAACGCACAACCGUUUCACCAGUCCCCAACUGAUAACCCACACCGGAUCUCUAACAAGGGACCGGCGUGGGAAGUAGCUUGGGAACCAGUGCGUCCACAGGCACCAGUUCCUCCGUUGACUCCAAGAGAUGAUGAAAGAGAUGAGCCUCAAUUUCUGCAACAACAACCAGCGCCACAACAACAACAACAACAACAACAGCAUCGUCCCAUGCCAAAUCAACCACAACCGAUGCCAAGAGGCAAGAAAGGUAACAAAUUACAAGGGAUGGAAAAUGAGUUGGUACAAAUGGAAUCGACCAAUAUUAAUGGGUACAUGGAAGAGGGAGAAGAAGAAGAUGAACCUGUAGAACAAAGGAGAACAUUAGGGAGGGCAGUUAUAGACGGGCCCAAUCCAAAGGUUGGUAAAAGCCAAAGUGCCCGCAAUCCAAGGCCUAAGUUGCUUGGGUCUUUGGCUAAAGAACCAGGCAGAGCUCUGAUGAAUGGACAGGAAAUGCCAGUUAUAAGGCGAGAUGUUAAAGGAAUGACGCAACCAAGGCCGAAAACACAUACGUAUUCACCUCAGCGGUACCGCAGUGCGUCACAUCAUCCUGUUCCUGCUCCAAGGCCACCAAGAACUUGAGUUUUUGUUCUCUUGAUUUCAAAGAGGUUGCCAAACAUAAUAUUUUUGUAUUUUGUUUUUCAUCCGACAAAUAUACUCUUCGACUUUGGUACCUCCACUGUGACGAUACAAGGCAUUCCAUUGUAGUAGUCAGCUGGCGCAUCGUUAUGUAGGUUUCACUGGAGACAAGGAACAUACAAGAUUGCUGUUAAAAACUGAAAUUGUUCAAAGACAAGGAAUGCAGGAUUGUAUUGAUUUGCAUACACGUUGUUACAACAGAAGAUGAAUUUUCCUCAAGAACAUCAGGAAUCUGCUACUUCUUUGAUUUUUUGUUGCAGCAUUUUUCGUAUUCCUUGGCUAUCACGCAUUUGCAAGUAUAUAUAUAAAAAUAGAUAGUGUCUUUACAUUUUUUUUUUGCGCUGUUUCUGUAGUUAUAUAACAGACUUGUUAAUGUAUCUGAGGAUAGCUAUGGAUAAAGUUGUAAAAAUUAUUUUUUUCUAUUGAACUAUACCUCAGUUUUAACAAUGAUGUAUACUACGACAAAAGAGAGAAGAGAGAAUUAUUGCUAUGUGCUGGCUAUAGAGGGCGCACUGUUGUACAGACCACUUUCCUCAAAGUUGAUAAGCACACAUACCGGAUAUAGGGUGCAACUUGUACAAGUUAUAUUGCUCUUGUGGAUAUACAAAUCGACGCGACAAUUUAAAAUUGCCUUUCACCAUAUAUCAGCUGGCUGGCAUAUUUGUGUUUGAAGACAUGAUAAUGGCAGAUAUCUUGCUUGCACCCUCGUCUCACUACAGGAAAGUGGUUUAUACGACACUAUUGCAUUUUGUUAGCUCCAGAGGGUGCACUGUUAUAAACUCUGAACCUACUGCUUGUGUCAGGAUUUUAAAAUAUACAGCAGGAUGUUAUACACUGCAUUUUAAAUGGUAACCAGCCAUGGCAAAUACAUGGCUAUUUUGACACUUCUUUCAAUAUAAGACGACAAAAAAACUAAAUUUAUUGUAAUAAAUUGGCCCAAAUUCCAUUAUCACCAAAUCUAUUGAAAUAGUGUGAAGUAUUUUUGUGUGUGCACCGGACCACCAGCGGUUAAAAAUGGUCUAUUAGUCGUAAGAAAGCACAACAAUGACAAAUGUCUUCGCAAAUCAAAAUUUCAUUUAUCAACCGAGUAUAGCUGACAGCCACCAUUGUGCCCGGCAUUGCGUAAUUCACUGAUUAUUCCUACAACUAAUCCUCUUGUACUUUACGUGUAAUGUACGCUAAAAUUAAAGAUCAAGGUUCAUAGUGCGUUGAACCCACCCAUCCGUCCAUCAAUCGAAAAUCCAUCCAAUAAAUCAACUCACUGCAGUAAUUCUCUUUUUCAAAUACUCUUGAUAAACUUAAAUUGCUAUGUACAUAUCAUUUUCCUGAAAUUUACUCAGUGUAGUGUUUAUAUUGUUUGUAAAUAAUCCGUCCUGAACAAUAUUAAUAAGUCUGUUAUGUGCUCUAUACUUCUUGAUUCAACCACCAUAUUGUUGGAUUUUUUCCCGUCCACGUUAUGCAAAAGAGUAGGAGUAGUAGAAAGGGUAGCCAUUCGCUCACCCCAUAGUAUCUAUGAAAUGAACACUUUCUGUCAAGAGAUGUAGAUUCCAAAUGUAAAUUUUAAAAUCUGCAUUGGGUCUAUUUUGCUAAAGCCUCGC